AUGUCGGAGGUGCCAGCUUCAACGAAAGCCGGUCAUUUCGUAGCCAAAACACUGGGUAUCGAAGCCGACUACCGCCGUGAGCUUCGAGAAGACCAGAGCGCCUCAUCGUCCGAGACCUUCUUCGACCGUGAACCAACGGCGAAAGAGUGGCUGGCCAAAUUUACUCCAACAACUGCUUCCGCCAGAUCUUACGUAUCAAGUUUAUUCCCAUUCUUGCAAUGGAUAUUUCACUACAAUGUCCAGUGGCUUACCGGUGACCUCAUUGCUGGCGCCAUUCGGCAGAACUUGGUCUUCCUUUGA